GCCGUUAUGGAAGAAGGAUCGGGAUCCGUCAUCGGCCAGUAUAAAGCACCACCCAGCUUCAACAAGCUUUUGUUCCCGCACUACAGUUAUCACACGGAAGUGCUUCUUCCACGCAAUCUUCUCAUAUGGAUACGCACUCCGCUCACCUUACUGUUACGAAUCGUUCCCGUAGUUCUCAAUCCCCUUCCCCCUCUCAUUCUGCUUCCGCCUCUGCCACCUCCUCCAUCCACAAGCGCAAAUUGGCCUCCGAGGACCAUGUCCCUCCUUUCCCUCCAUCAUUCUCCGCCGAAACACGCGACGGGGCGUUAACAUCAAAUGACGACCUUGAAAGCAUCUCAGCUCGCGGUGGCGGUGCUGACUCCGACUCCGACGACGAUUCCGACGAUGCCGUGGUCGAGGAUGACGAGGAUGACUUCGACAAUGGCUCUUCCAUGCGCAACUUCACCGCUGCUCGACUCGAGAAUAGCGGUGCUGGCGGUUCUGCUUCGGCCUCUGCCUCAGCGUCUGCUGUGCGUACAACCAAGAUCAAGCCAAAUGCAACAGUGAAGAUCGAGAAUGUGGAUAUCAACAAGGAUGGAGGCAUAGCCGGUGGAAUCAAUGCGCCGGGUUCAGCAGCGGGGACAACUGGAAAUUCUGUGUCGGGGAUUGUAGUGAAGGAAGAUGCUUCGAAAUUUUUUGCCGACAGUGUACAGACCAGUGGUGCCUAUAUUUCCAGAGAAGAGAACUUGAAGAGAGAGGAGGAAGCUGCGUUACUCAAAUUUGUAUGCAUUUCAAACGAUGGUGUUGAUGAGCAUAUGGUUUGGUUAAUUGGAUUGAAGAAUAUUUUCGCCCGACAACUACCUAACAUGCCCAAGGAAUACAUUGUCCGUCUUGUUAUGGACAGAAACCAUAAGUCGGUGAUGGUUAUAAGACGAAAUCAUGUUGUUGGUGGCAUAACAUAUCGCCCAUAUGACAGUAAAAAAUUUGGCGAGAUAGCCUUUUGUGCUAUUACAGCUGAUGAGCAAGUAAAAGGAUACGGUACCAGAUUGAUGAAUCACUUAAAACAGCAUGCACGUGAUGUUGAUGGCCUAACUCAUUUUCUCACAUAUGCGGAUAAUAAUGCUGUUGGCUACUUUACCAAGCAGGGAUUCACGAAAGAAAUACACCUGGAGAAGGACCGGUGGCAGGGGUACAUAAAAGACUACGAUGGAGGAAUCCUUAUGGAGUGCAAAAUUGAUCCAAAACUUCCAUACACUGAUCUGUCUACAAUGAUUCGCCGUCAGAGGCAGGCAAUUGACGAAAAAAUAAGAGAGCUUUCAAACUGCCACAUUGUUUAUCCUGGCCUUGAUCUUCAAAAGACUUGGCUGUUUCAGAAGGAGGCAGGAGUGCCCAAAAGAUCCAUUAAAGUUGAGGAGAUCCCGGGUUUGAAGGAGGCUGGAUGGACACCUGAUCAAUGGGGAUUCUCACGUUACAGAGCCUUAAACUCUGCUGACGGGAUCUCAAAUCAGAAACAUUUGACUGCAUUCAUGCGCUCACUUCUCAAGCAGUCAAUGCAUGACCAUGUUGAUGCGUGGCCAUUCAAGGAACCAGUGGAUGCUCGUGAUGUGCCUGAUUAUUAUGAAAUUAUUAAGGAUCCAGUGGAUUUAAAGACGAUGUCCAAGCGGGUGGAGUCAGAACAAUAUUACAUUACUUUCGAGAUGUUUACUGCAGAUGUGAGAAGAAUGUUUGGUAAUGCACGCACGUAUAAUGCUCCCGAGACUAUUUACUACAAGUGUGCAACAAGGCUGGAGGCACAUUUUCAGAGUAGGCUUCAAUCUGGUCUACAAUCUGCUAGCAAAAUUCAACCAUGACGUUUGCAAUGACCAUGCCAGCUUAGUUGUACAGAUUUCUCCCAAGUAACUUUAUUGCAAUCAAUUCCAGCAUUUCCUUCUAACCCAGAUUCUUCAUUGUUCAGGGUGAGGGUAUUCUGAACUCCUCCAGUCUCCACCUUUUAAAGAUCGAGUGAUUGUAUUAUGUAUUUAUUAGUACACUUAAUUUGUAAGAUAAGUGUAGUGCACGGCUUAUGUACAUGAUGAUGUAAAGGAUUCCCUAUGUUUUCAGACUUGGAUGCUCUAGUUUAAUUUU